AAUCAGUCGUACGUUGCGAAAUAUACUACUACGCGAAUUCAAGCGUGAGUAUAUAAUUGGACCGAUACGAAGUAUUACAGCGAAUACUCACGUACGUAUUAUCGGACUCGGAAUUACAUAUAUGACAGAGAAGUGGAAAGAAACAAGCAAUCUUCACAAAGCGGUUGAUAAGCGACAAACUUGUGCGGAAAAAAGUCAACGUUAAUACAAUAACAGAAUUAGAAUAGAAUAUUCGCGUUGCAUAUAGAGUAGACCGUCCCGUCUUUCGAUAUUCGAACGUAUCGCGAUGUUGCUUCGCGGUUUUUCGUUUCUCGCUUUGUUAAAUCUAGUGUUUGGAUUAUCGAGCAAUUACCUAUCGGUCGGUGAUCUCGGAAACGUCGUCGGUGUCGUCAACAGAACCGAAUGGACCGACAGAAGGGUUUUCGCAUUCAGAGGAAUCCCCUACGCCGAACCUCCAGUAGGAGAUCUGAGAUUCAGACCACCGGUGAGAGUUGAAUCAUGGGGUAACGAGGUUUUAGACGCGACAGCGUACGGACCGGCCUGUCCUCAGGAGGACUCGUCCUAUACCUCCGAAAAUUGUUUGACGUUGGGUGUUUUUGUUCCCGAGACCGAGCACUUGGACAACGGAACGCUUUUGCCGGUUUUGAUUUAUAUCCACGGAGGUACAUUUAGGGAAGGAUCGGCCAUCACGAAGGAUCCUGUUCGCCUGCUUUUCGAAAGUGACUUGAUCGUCGUUGUGCCGCAAUUUCGAUUAGGACUGCUAGGUCUUUAUUCUCUGCAAACCGACGAUGUUCCCGGCAACGUUCAAUUUCUCGAUCAAAUUAUGGCGAUGCAAUGGGUACAGGACAACAUCGAGUACUUCGGCGGUGACAAGAAUAGAGUGACGCUUUGGGGGCAAAGUUCGGGGGCAGCAUCGGUGCAUUUCCAUCUUUUGAGUCCGUUGACGGAAGGUCUGUUUCAUCAAACGAUUUUGCAAAGCGGUAGCGCUCUUCGAACCUACGGAAUCGACCCCCGUCCGGAAGAAUCUGGUGUUAUACUAGCGAAUUAUUGCGGUUGUAGGAAUGCAACGAAUGUGGAUGAAAUUACUUACUGCAUGAAAGCGUUACCCGUCGACGAAAUCCUCAACUGCAGCAUCGGCUAUCUCAAAGAGACGAUAGACGACGGUUUAACGAGAGCUAAGAGUCACAUGGCGGUGAUUCAAAAAGCUGGGGAGCAAAAAUUUUUGGUAUCGGAUCCGGCGGAGGCUUUGGUAGCGGGUAAUUUCCUCAAAUUACCGAUGUUGGGUGGCGUGGCGAAAAACGACGGCAGUCAUUACACGAUGCAACUCUACGACGACAUACUAGUUCCGCACGGUCUCGAUAAGGAUGAAAAUUAUUUACGAGAUAAUUUUACGUCAUACGUUAUCAAGUGGAUGGGUAUUCCGGACAUCACGGGCACCGUUAAACAACUGAUGAAAAAAACCUAUUUCCCGAAUGAACUGCAGACCUAUGAUCUGGCCUCGGUUAUUCCAGGUAUAAGGGAUAUGUGUUCUUUGAUCGCUUACAAAUCUGGCGGUUACGAAACGGUCCAUGCGAACCGAAAGUUCAAAGACACGUACGUCUAUACGUUCGAUUAUCUCGUCGACGAUCCAUUUUCGUUCAAACUCCCGUACCCUUUCGAAGUCGGGGUUACGCACGGUGACGAUUUCAAAUUGAUGUUUCCCGCCCAAGAUUACCACAGAGAACUAAACGUUGACAUGGCAAAGUUGUUGAUCAGACUCUGGACAAGUUUCGCGAUAAAUGGAGUACCAUCGGCGCACGGUGUGACUUGGCCGGUAAUGUCGACUCCCGUCGGUCCGUAUUUGGUCAUCGAUAGUCAACCGUCCGUCAGGGAUAACUUUAUCGACGAAUUCGUUACGAUAGAUACCAGCGUCGGAUCAUCGUCUUUGUCAGAUUUUAAAAUACGAUACGGCUGGCUCUUGAUAGUCACGAUAUUCUUGCUUCGUAUCAAUUAUUGACGCGUGAUCAUUGAAUAAACAUGAGAAUACUCGGAAAA